CAUUGAAACACCUCAACGAAAAACCCAAAAAGGGAAAACGAAAGAAAACUCUGCCAUUUCAAAACCUUCGCAAAUUGCAGCUAUGGAAUCCGCUCUCAUCAGAACCGUUUCCGUUCCCGUCCUCUCGUCGGCCGUCGCCGCUUCUUCGUCCUUCUCCAAUUACAAACCGUUGUAUGGAGCUCUCUCCGGCCAGAACAGUUCCAUUUCAUCUCCGAAGAUCUCUCUGCAUUUUGAGAUCAAUCAUCGCAGAGGAAAGAACUGGAGUGGUAUUCGAAGAGCGGCAUCGGAGAGCGACAUAUCGCGAUCGCUCCACGAGGUUUCGAGUCCGUAUGAUCAAUUCGGUGGAUUCAGAUCUCGAUAUUGGUCCGUUCCUUCCGAAAUACCAGAGGAUGAGUUUCUGAACCAGGAUGAAUUUCACCGUGAUUCAUUUGCGGACACUGAAUUUCUAAAUUCCGGAAUCGUAAGCGGCGAUGGCGGUGAUUUUGUAGCAGAUAAAUUUUCGGACGGAAGUAGUGAAUCUAGUAAGAUCAGAGCGUACUACGAAGAGAUGCUGAAAUCGAACCCUAGCGACGCUCUGAUAUUGAGAAACUACGGAAAAUUCUUACACGAGGUUGAGAAAGAUAGUAAACGAGCAGAGGAAUGCUACAGCAGAGCAAUACUGGCGAGUCCAAGAGACGGAGAAUUGCUGGCUCUAUACGGGAAAUUAGUAUGGGAUACUCAAAGAGACAAGCGAAGAGCUCAAUAUUACUUCGAUCGUGCCGUGUGUGCCUCCCCUAACGACUGUUUGGUGAUAGGAUAUUACGCUCAUUUCUUGUGGCUGGUAGAAGACGAUGAGGAGGAAGCGACGGCGGUGGCUCCGGCGCCGGCGCCAGCUCUGGUUGCGGCGUUUUAAUGGAAGAAAUUGGUUUGAAGGAGGUUUCGCGGAUAUAGGAGAGGAAGAAUUGAGGGAGAAGUGGCACGUGAUUUGUGGACGUGCCAUUUCAGGAGGAAAUAAAUUGCACGUGACUUGUUGGUGUAAUGUAAAGUCCCAUAAUAAUAAAAAAAAAUAACUCUGAUUUCUAUUUUAAAA